CAAUUCUAGGUAGAUAUGUUUUGUUUUGGGAAUACCAAGAUUGAGCAUGCUCAUUUCAAAUGUUUAAAAAGAUCCCAAACGACUGGAUGUUCAGUUGCAGGACCAGCACUGCCCCCAGGCUAUAAAAGCAGCUGUAGCUCAGAAACUCCUGACAGUGAUGAAGACUCAGAAUCAAUUCCUCUACCCAGAGAUGCAAACAGCGAUUCUGAAGAGGAGGCAGAAGGAGAUCCAGCACCCAAAAAGCCAAAAAGAAUUCAUGAAGAUGAUGAUGAUGAUGAUGGCUUUUUUGGGCCUGCUCUUCCUCCUGGAUUUAAAAAACAGGAUGAUUCUCCAGAGAGGCCCAUUAUAGGUCCUGCAUUACCACCUGGCUUUAGGAAACCUUUGCAGGACACCAGGAAUAGCAGAUGUUCUAUAGGACCGUCUGUUUCAUCAGAAUGCCGUACCCAGGUAACAGAUAGUAGUGAGGAAGAAGACGAUCUUAUAGGCCCAAUGCCUGCAAAAGGACCAGUGGAGUCUGAUGUGUCUAAAGAAUUUGAACGCAGAGCUCAGAGAAUGAAGGAAAAACUUACUUCAGCAGACAGUGAUGAACCCAAGCAAGUUACCAGGGAAUCGUGGAUGACAGAACUUCCACCUGAAUUGAAAAGCUUUGGAUUUGGCCCAAGAACAUUUAAGAAGAGAGCUGAUGACAAACCAGGAGAUAGAUCUAUUUGGACAGAUACUCCCGCUGACAGAGAGAGAAAAGCCAAAGAAAGAGAAGAGGCAAAAAAGUCAACCAGUAAGGAUAAUGAAGAAAUUGUAUUAUCUGGGAGAGACAAGAGACUUGUUGAGCAGGUGACUUCAUACAAUGAGUCAAAGAGGUCAGAGUCUCUCAUGGACAUACAUCAGAAAAAGCUAAAGAGCAAAGUGUCUGAAGAAAAAAACAAACCUCAAGAAAGAAGGCCAUUUGACCGAGAUCAGGAUCUCAAAAUCAAUCGAUUUGACGAAGCACAGAAGAAAGCACUUAUAAGAAAAUCCAGAGAUCUGAAUAGUAAAUUUGAGCACAGUAAAGGCAAUAUGUUUUUAUAACAUAAAAGCAUGAAGCUUUUUUGAAGUCAAUUAAAAUUUGAAUACUUAAUUUUGUAAGUAUUUUUCUGUAAAUAUUUGUAUGCAAAAUAAAUAUCCUGAUGUUUAACUAUCUUUCCUUGUCUGUAAAUACUCUGUUAGGGAGGAUUAUGUGUACUAAAACUAAACUGACAAUAAAUAAACUGGUAUUAAAAAAAUGGCUAUUUUAAAACUUUGAUUAUUUUUUUUUUUAGUAUACAAAUAUUUACUUAAAAUAGGUAUUAUUUUAAGGAGCUCUAGACUUGGUCUUGCAAUGGAGUUGGUGGUGUCCCAUUUUCUCCUGCCAUGCUUAAGCUAUUCUUGCUGAGCCUGACCUGAAGGCCAUGGAAAAAUCCCCUUUUAGGCUUGUGGGCAGGACACUCACUGCUUGUCUGGAGUUCCUGAUGGGGAGUAUAAACUCAAAUGGUAGCUUUUAUGUCUGCCCAGUGCUUUUAUUUCUAUGAUUCUGUGUCUGUACAUAAUUACAGGUUUAUAUGUAUGCAGUAUAAUUUCUGUACUAUAGCAGGAAGAGCUAAUGGUAGCAGAAGUAGUAAAACCUUAAGAUUUGCAGAUAUAAUUAUAAAAUGGUAGUAUACAAGAAGAGAAAAUCUGAUUUGAGUUUCAAUUUGUAGGGCUUAUCAUCAGAAAAUCAUCUUUUUAAGCAAAUACAAUGUGAAAAUCAAACCAAAAUAAAGCUUGUUUUGUCAGUUAAUUUGCAGAGCAGAACAGCUUUUUGGUAUCAAAAAGGAAAUAAAUCUGCAUUUUAAAAAAUGCAUCUAUGCUUAGAGUUCUUUAGCUCUUCUCUCUGUGUGUGUGGAGCAGCUGCAAGGAGGGUUGUAUUAAUUAAAAUGAGACUUUUCUCUCAAGUAAUGCUUGGGAUCCUUUUUGAGGAGUUACUGAAAGUAUAUAUGAAAAUAAUUUUAUAUAUGAGAUGCUGGCAACUUGUCUGGAAGUGUGACACAUUUUGCAUAUUAAAUACCAUGGGGUUCAAUAGUUUGAAAAAAGGUUACUGUGACAGACAGUGUCUGGGUUGGUUCAUGUUAACGGAGCAGUCCCCCAGCAAGCCCCAGAAAUGAAUGGCUAAGAACUUGGUCUGAUUUUAUUGCAUGAGCUGGGAGCCCAAGGCACAGCCUCCAUGUGCUGAGAAGUCUUGGAGAGUUUUCAGUGUCACAAAUGAAUGCUUACUUACAAUAUAUUUAGAUACUGCACUGGGUUUUAUUAGACAAUUUAUUUUGCUAUCUGAAAAAUCUGCUACCUUGAGGAAGAGGGACUGUUUUUGUAUUCUGUUUUGUUUUUCUUUAAUCAGUUUUGAGUUUCUGAGUCUUUUCAUUUUGAGGUGAGAAGAGGGUUUAAACAAAGGUUGUUUUAUUUUUCCUCCCCUGAAACAGACUUCUCUUAGUGCCUUGUGCUUUUUUUGCCUCAGCAAGCAAAGCCUCACUAGGUUUCUACAUUCUAGUUGUCUUUCCCCUUUUGGGAUAGCUCUUCUGCAGCUGGGGCUUACAUAAGAUCUCUCUAGCAAUUUGGCAAACGUAGGUUUCUUAAUCAGAAAGGCGGUAUUAGGAAUGUUUGGGGGUAUUUUAGGCAACUGAAGCAAUGACAGGGUGAGCAUUUCAUGACUAGCUAAAUCUUCAUGGUUGACAAAAAAUUAUCCUCAUGCCCACUUUUGGAAAUCCUGCUGCCUUGAGAAAUCAGUUCAUUAUCAGGUGUUGCCUUAUGCUGAAAGAGCUGAACUCAUGAGCACAUCGUGCAGUCCUCACUGAUUCAGACAAGUCUGUAGCAGGGAUGAUGGCUGCUUCUAUCAAGAUUUCGCUGUUGCUCUGUGCUUUGUGUUCAUUUUUGUUCUUUGGUCCCUGCUUCUCCAAACUGAGGACAGGUCAUCAGAUGUUAGAGCUGGCCAGAUCCUGCCACCCGGCUGUACCCCUGCUGUUUGCUUGCUGCCCUCCCUGGCCCCAUCGUGGUCUCCUGCCCUCUCCAAGGACGUGUUUGAGUGGACGCUCUGAAGCGUGCUCAAGAGCAGAGCUCUUGUAACCAGAGCGCAGGCAGCCCCUUUCGUGCUCAGGCGGGAGUACUCGGGGUACUUUACACCUCCAUAUGUGGCGUGUGUGAUUCUAAUUAGUCAAGCCUUGAUGUGAGUUGGGAAUGUGUUUUCUCUCAUCUGCUUUUUUUUUUUUCCUGCUCUGAAGCAGCCUCUUGAAGACUUGAUGCAAUCCGUGUUAUGAACUUGAGAUAGGGGGGAAAGUGGAAUUGUUGAGAGUUCAAAUUAAGUUUUCAUUACUUUGUAAAUUGAGUGAACUUUUGAAUUGCAUUAAUACACAAACUAAUCUCUUACCAAUGCCAGACCAUUCCCUCGAAGAGACAUUAGAACAAGCAGUAACUUAGUAAAUUACAAGGUCUGUAAGCUUCUGUGGGAAAAGAUGAGCUGUCCUCUACAAUUUGGACAAGCUGUAGAGCAUUUCUACAGAAAUGUUAAUGGAUGAUUUUUCAGAAUCUCAUUUGAAAAAAACAAUUUAUUUCACAGAAAAUCCUCACCAUAAUUACUAUGUAACAUUCCUGGUAACUGGCUCCCAAUGCAGAUUUAAUGGACUCUAUUGCUAUUCUGUGCUGCCAGCCUGCGUUGCAGCAUAUUGACUCCAGGCACAUCAGGAAACUGUUUUGUAAAAGUCAGGGAGGUUUCCCUGGAUGUGAAAAGCCUAUCAGCUUAGAUUUUAAAGCUCUCGCCUUUGUUUUGUGCUGGUGUUGACAGCCUUUAUUAAUACUGGUGUUAAAAAUCUCGAUUCAAGAGCAGUGUCCCCUCCUGAGAUGUCACAUAGGUGGGGAAUUCAUAAUGAAGUCAAUAAAAAGAAGGCUUUUGUGGUAAGCAUAUAAUAAAUAGGAUUUUUAAGAAGAAUUUUAAGGAAUAUAUUAUUAGCAAAAAACCCCUGUUGAACCUGCUGUUAUCGAGGAACAAUUAAAAGCAAUAAAGAUAAGACUUAAUGAUUUCUUUGUAAUUAUCUUCAGGACAAAAUAUUGAGUUACCGUGAUGUUGGAUCUGGAAAAUUUUGUUAGAAUAUGGUAUAGCAAUACUGUCACCUAAGCAAAAUCUCUGCUCUUCUGAUUUAAACACCUAUUUAUGUAGACUUAUUUUUUGCUUCUGCUGUUGCAGUCAGUGGAUGCACUGUGCACAUUGGCUUUUCUGCACAAAGUUCAUUCCCAUAUAAUCAACAGCAGUAGAAAUACGUUUUAUUUAGGGAUUGGAUGGUAUCCUGUUGACAGCACAAAAGCAGCAUUGUCGAAAUAGCUUUCUUUUCAAAAGAAACAUUGAGGUGAAACAUCAAUACGUUUCUGUCCAGUAGGAAAGGGUUUUUUUCUGUGUAAAAGAAGUUUCAAAAUGCUCCAGAGGGCUCCAGGAGUCCAGGGCUACUUGUGCUUGGGGACUUGUUUUGUUUCUGAAAUGUAGACUUGGUUAUUUUUGUUAAGCCAAUUAUAAAUUGUAUGUUGAUUUAAGAGUAAUAUAACCUUAAAAAUCAGAAUCUGUGAAAACUUUCGGUACAUUCAUCCUUAACUUCAGCCGCCCCACCUGCAUAUGGUGCAUAUCGUUUCUAAUUAUGUGAUUACCUAAUUCUCAAAUAAAGCACAUGCAUGUGA